GUUCCUUGCGGACGUCAAUUUUAAGCUUCAUUUGUCGUCUGUGAUUUUAAGUUUCUUUUUAUUAUAUGUCAGAGUUCAGAAUUUAUUAAAUGAUUUAGCUUAAAUUAAAAGCAUAGCCGUACUGUGGGGGGCGAAUUAUCAUUAUCAUACUGCAGAAAGUUUUACCAUUGCCAUUGUAACUUAUAUAAAUAAUAUCUGCUCAUAGUUGCUGCUGAAUAAAGAGCAAUAUUGUUGGAGGCCAUCUCUAAUCUUGACUUAAUAAACACCAAAAAUGCAGUGCUGCGUGCCGUUCUGUGCAAAUACUUCAGACAAUGCGUCAACAUCUGAGGGAACAGGAGUCACUUUCCACAAGUUACCCAGUGAAGAAAAUCUCCGUGCCGCUUGGCUCAGAGCCCUCGGCAUACAAGACCAUCACCUGCCCGAACCUGCUGUGGUCUGCUCACAGCAUUUUGUAGAUGAAGACUUUUAUACAACAAAGAGUUGUGUAAGGCAGAUUCGCUCUGAUGCCAUACCUUCAACAGUGCAGAUGUGCAUGAUAUGCCUGGACUCUGACAGCAAGCUGUUUCUAAUGAGUAAACACAAGUUGGAGGAGGCAUAUCAACAGCUGACUGGACUGUCUUUGUUUCAGCUGUGUCGUGGAACAAACCUGAAGCAAACGCUCUGUGUGCUGUGUGCUCAGAGAUUGAUUAACUUCAGCAGAUUCAGAGACUUGUGCUUGAGAGCCCAUUCACUGAUGACAGACUUACUUGAACAAGAUGAAUUUAUUACUAUACAACAUAAGGAAUUGAUGAACUGCGCAACAAAACAUCUGCAGUGUACCUUAACACGGACAACAUUAGGAGCUGACUGCUGUGACUUGUACAUAGAUCACACUGAUGAAGAGGAACAGACGGCAGCAGAGGAAUCUGUAGUGGGAGAUGUUGCAACACUUGUAAAGCGUGAAGACAGUUCUGACUUCAUGUUAAAUGCUGAUAACUCGGAAUUGGUACAUGAAGAUGACAAUCAGAGAGACAAUUCCAACAAUGACUGUGUAACUAAAGAUGAAUACUCUGACGUGAGCAUAAAGUUGGAAUCAAUGCUAGUUGAUGAAGCAGCGGAGGUCGCGGAAAAUGUGACCGAGUCAGAGACUUACAUAAAGAUUGAAUGUGCUGUCUUUGAGUGUACAUUAUGUUAUGAAACCUUUGUGCAAGAAGAUGCAUACAAGGAACAUAUGAUCAUGCAUCUCCAGAACGCUGCAUGUGAUGCAUCACAAGUGUGCGAGCCUCGUGCAGCUGUGAGCCGCAGCUGUGACUCACUUGUGCUGCAGAACAAGACAGGAAGUCAGAGGCUGAAUGAUGCCCCUCCCCCGGCUGCAGGCUGUGCUCAGGCGACAGUCGCCCCACUGUCCGCGAGACUUGCGGCAAACGACAACAAAGUGCAGGCAACUGAAGAAGCAGCUGCGACCUGGAAAAGUGAACAAAUCCUUGAGACUGACAUUGGUGAACUGGACAACCAGUUGUCUCAAAGCAACGCCAACACAUCGUGUAUGUAUGACAUACAUAGAUUAACAAAUUGUGUAGUACGUUUAUGUGAUAUUUACAAGAAACCCAAGAAAACUGUACUAGAUAAAAAUCCACACGUGAAAAGCCACACUGGUGCGAAGCAUUAUUCUUGUGAGACAUGCAAUUAUAAAUGUUUACGAAAAAGGGAUUUAUUAGUACAUAAAAGAACCCACACUGGUGAGAAGCCUUAUUCCUGUAAGACAUGCAAUUUUAAAACUGCAUACAAAUGUCAUUUAGUGAGUCAUAGAAGAACCCACACUGGUGAGAAGCCUUAUUCCUGUGAGACAUGCAAUUUUAAAUGUUUACGAAAAAGGGAUUUAUUAGUACAUAAAAGAACCCACACUGGUGAGAAGCCUUAUUCCUGUAAGACAUGCAAUUUUAAAACUGCGCGGAAAAGUUACUUAAUUAUACAUGAAAGAUAUCACACUGGUGAGAAGCCUUACUCUUGUGAGACAUGCGAUUUUAAAACUGCUUACCAAUGUCAUUUAGUGAGUCAUAGAAGAACCCACACUGGUGAGAAGCCUUAUUCCUGUGAGAUAUGCAAUUUUAAAUGUUUACGAAAAAGGGAUUUAUUAGUACAUAAAAGAACCCACACUGGUGAGAAGCCUUAUUCUUGUGAAAUGUGCAAUUAUAAAACAGCAGAUAAAAGUUAUUUAACAUAUCACAUGAAAACGCACACUGGCGAAAAGCCUUUUUCUUGUGAGACAUGCAAUUAUAAAUGUGCUCAGAAAAGUGAUUUAAAAAGACAUAAUAGAACCCACACUGGUGAGAAGCCUUAUUCUUGUGAUAUAUGCAAUUAUAAAACUGCAAAAAAAGAUAGUUUAAUAAGUCACAUGAAAACGCACACUGGCAAUAAGCCGUACUCUUGUAAAAUGUAAAUGUAAUUAUAAAUGUGCACAUAAACAUAGUUUAUUAUAUCAUAUGAAAACGCAGACUGGCGAAAAGCCUUUUUCUUGUGAGACAUGCAAUUAUAAAUGUGCUCAGAAAAGCAAUUUAAAAAAACAUAAUAGAACCCACACUGGUGAAAAGUCUUUAUCGUGAGAGAGAAGCAAUGCUGUGAAUGAUACUGAUGGUAUACAAAACAAUGUAUGUCUUAAUCUUUCUCCCACAUGUGUUAAGUACUUGGGCUUCAAGCAAAGUAGCCAUUAUAGAAAUUUGUGCUUAGACACACAUUCCAUUUAGCAUACAUUCAUUUUUAUAUUAUAGAUUUAUUGUUUUAUAUACCUUUUUAUAUGUACCUUAUACCUACAUCUACCAAACAGAUGGAGGUAUAUUUUACAAAAAUAUUUACAACUAGCGGACGCCCGCGACUUCGUCCGCGUGAAACCCUACUACUACUCCUACCCCUUCCCUACCCCUACCCUGCCCCUACUCUAACCCUACCCUACCACGCGACGGCGACGGAAGCUUAAAAAAUGGAGUAACUUCUGCGGUUUUCCCAACAUUUCCCUUCACUGCUCUGCUCCUAUUGAUCUUAGCGUGAUGAAUAGUAUACUAUAACCUGCCCAGGAGUAUAAAGAAUAAUUGUACCAAGUUUGGUUAAAAUCCGUCGAGUAGUUUUUGUUUCUAUAAAGAAUAUACAGACAGACAGACAGACAAAAAUUUUACUGAUUGCAUUUUUGGCAUCAGUAUCGAUCACUAAUCACCCCCUGAUAGUUAUUUUGGAAAUAUAUUUCAUGUGCAGAAUUGACCUCUCUACAGAUUUAUUAUAAGUAUAGAAAACCGGCAAAGUGCAUGUUGGGCCAUGCGCAGUGUAAGGUUCCGUAUGUUAGCAUUUUAACUACAAGUAUCUAUCCAACGAUACCCCACUUUAUAGUAUAGACCAGUGAUUCCCAAAGUGGUCUAUAUCGACCCCUAGGGGUCUAUGACAACCUGCAAGGGGUCUACGUCAGCGAAAAAAAAUUUGGGGGUCCAUGAAAUGAAAAUGGGGGUCGACUAUUUACAUCAUACUAUCUUAUAUCUUUAUUAUUAAAGCAUCAGGUUCAUCCUUCUCAUUUUCAUAUUUAAAUUAAAUUCAAUUAAAUGUAUAAAUUAACAUGUGUUUUUAUUUUAAAUUUUUAACACUAAACUUCACUACAGUUACAAAACAGGAAAUUAAUGUCAGAUGUCAGGUAUGUAGGGGGUCUACCCAUAGAUUUACGAUUCGGUACAAGUACCUAAGAAAAACAUGGCAAGGGGUCUAUGACACAAAAAAGUUUGGGGAACUCUGGUAUAGACAAAGAAUAACAUUCUUAACUUUGCAUGUAGGGAAGAAUUUUUCUUUUUACCAUUUCAUAGACGUGAUUAAUAACAUCCAACGUGGUCAAUAGGCUAGUUGACAGCUUUUUCUAAAUGGUAUUAAAUUGCUCAUUAAUGUUCUGCUAAAUUAUUUAAAAAUAUAUAAUUUUUUUUAAGACACAAUUACCUCUCAGAAUACAGUAAAUCACCAGAAGGGGUGAUCGCGCAAAGAAGUGAAGCCAUUUAAACUACACUACCAGGGUGUAAUCAGUCUGUACAUUACAACCUCAGUACAAAUUGCAUAUGCCUCCUUAAUUCCCUAUUUGCUCAAUAGAUGGCGCUUUAAGGCACUUUGACCAGCAGGUUUCUGAGGUAAUUAUAAGCCAGGUAUUAAAAACAAAAGUAUAACCUUGUGCGGCUUGUGACAUUUUGUUUAAUUUUGUAGACGAAACGGUUUUAUUUCUUCUGCUUUCUUCAUGGUGUUUUUUUGCGUUGAUCUUUCCCGACGACCUGGCUUUUUUUAUGGAUUUUGGUGACUGUUAUAAAUCGUUUUGACCUGUGCUUUACUUUGGAUUCCGAGAACUCUGU